CUCUGUGAGGCUCUGGGUGGUCCGAGUUGGUCUUCUCCCGCUAUGGGGAGUUUCUCGGUUGACUGUCUCUGGACCGCUCAGGAACUUAAACUGAAGCUCCAGCAGAAUGAAAGACUUUGUGCAUCAUUCCUACUGUGACACUGAUUGAAGGAAGUCUGGAAAACCGACAGGGGGCGUCUCAUCUCUCCCGGCAUUCCCCCCCACCUCCACCACCGCCCCCCUCCUCUCCCUCCUCCUCCUCCCCCCUUCAGCGCGGUGGAAGAAGGAGGUAUUGGGGAUCUCCUCCUAGACAACAAACCCAUAUUCAAAGAGCGGCACACGAAUUACAUCACGCUCCGUGCGGAGGAUAUAACGGAGGUCGCGGGUUAGUCGCACCGCUUUUUUGCAGCGGAGACAAGAGGAGCAUCAUGCCGAGCCCGCGCGCAGGGAGCCCGAGGAGACUUCUGAGCGCUGUCACGCAGUUUAUCAUAAAAACUAGUUUCCACUGACGCUGCAACGGACACACGUUUUUUUUUUUUUUUUUUUUUCUUAUUUCCCUCACGGAUUUAUAUCAUGGGAAUGUGUGAUUUUUAAGGGACACUCACGACGCAAGUUUGGAUACGGCUCACGCGUAAUUGCGCACAAGAAAGUGUGUCCCCCCUUCAGCGCUCCCUGACUGCUCCCUGUGCGCACUGAUCUCACCGCUGGACCUGUCUGACAUGGAUCAGUCUCCGCAGUUUGUAGCCAUGUAUCUAUUAGUGCUAUCCCUCGGACUGAUGAUGGACAGGGGGAUUUGUCAGCACUACUACCUUCUCCGCCCCAUACCGAGUGACAGUCUGCCUCUUGUGGAAUUAAAAGAGGAUCCGGACCCAGUCUUCGACCCCAAGGAGAGGGACCUUAACGAGACCGAGUUGAAGAGCGUCCUGGGAGACUUUGACAGCCGCUUUUUGUCCGUUUUACCUCCAGUCGAGGACAAAUACACCGGGAACGACGAACUGGAGGACUUUGAGAUCCUAAAACCCGGUGGAGUACUCCCAAAGGAAAUCAGAGCGGUGGAUUUCGACGUCCAGUUCGGCAAGAAGCACAAACCCAGUAAGAAACUGAAGCGGCGGCUGCAGCAGUGGCUGUGGGCGUACUCGUUCUGUCCGAUCGUGUAUACCUGGACCGACCUGGGGAACAGGUUCUGGCCGCGGUUCGUGCGGGUGGGCAGCUGCCUGAGCAAAAGGUCGUGUUCGGUUCCGGAAGGGAUGGUGUGUAAACCUGCGAACUCGACCCACCUGACGAUACUGAGAUGGAGAUGCGUGCAGAGGAAAGGGGGACUAAAAUGCGCGUGGAUACCGGUUCAGUAUCCGAUCAUCACAGACUGCAAAUGCUCCUGCUCCAGUUAAAAAAAAAAAAAAAAAAGACUCUGCAGCAAAAAUAAAUUAUAAGCUCAUUAUUUUUGUGAUUCUUGUUCACAUGCACUACCGAGUGUAGGAAUGUAUUUUCUGUAUAUGCGGUGCCAUGCAGUUCUAUAUAGCUCCCUGUACAAAGUCAGUAUUAUUUGUAACCAGAGUCUACUUUAUUUGUGGAGAAUUGGUUAUAUAUUUUGUAUUUAUGGAGAUAUGGCGCAUAGAGCCACGUAAGGACUUGCAGUUGUCCAUAUUUGGAUGAAGCAGAUCGACCUCAGAGUUAAACGUGGGAUUAUUGAUACAGUUGUGUAUCAAUGACUUGUUUUAUCCUGUAAAUUAAGGAAAUUUUUUUUGCUAUUUAUUCUUUAUAUUCGUACAAUAAAACGACACUGAAAUGA